GACAGCUCUCAGAUUUAAAUAGGAUUCUGGGCUACAUUUAGAGACAGGCUGCUGUUGAGAGCGUGAGAGGAGCUGGAGGAGGGAGAAGCAGCAAGGAGCAGCAAGGAGCUGCAAGGAGCAGCAAGGAGCAGCAAGGAGCAGCAAGGAGCAGCAAGGAGCCAGACCAGGAACUUGAGCCAGAGUUGGAGUCAAAAAGUUGCUUUUGCCAAAGAAUCAGCAACUACAGAAGUUGAAAACAUGCUGGUUAUCUUGGGACUGCUCAUCUCUUUCCUUUCUUUCCUGUACAUGAUAGCUCCAUACAUCAGAAAGUUCUUCGCUGGUGGGGUUUGUAGGACAAAUGUGCAGCUUCCUGGUAAGGUAGUGGUGAUCACCGGCUCCAACACAGGCAUCGGCAAGGAGACGGCCAGGGAGCUCGCUCGCAGAGGAGCUCGAGUAUACAUCGCUUGCCGAGAUACACAGAAGGGGGAGUCUGCCGCCAGUGAAAUCCGAGCUGAUACGAAGAACUCCCAGGUGCUGGUGCGGAAACUGGACCUAUCUGAUACCAAAUCCAUUCGAGCCUUUGCUGAGGGCUUUCUGGCAGAGGAAAAGCAGCUCCAUAUUCUGAUCAACAAUGCAGGAGUGAUGAUGUGCCCAUAUUCUAAGACAGCUGAUGGUUUUGAAGCCCACAUAGGAGUCAACCACCUGGGCCACUUCCUUCUCACCCACUUGCUCCUGGAGCGGAUGAAGGAGUCUGCUCCUGCACGGGUGGUGAACGUGUCAUCGGUGCUCCACCAUGUUGGCAAGAUUCACUUCCAUGACCUCCAGGCUGAGAAGAACUACAAUUCAUGUUUUGCUUAUUGCCACAGCAAGUUGGCCAAUGUGCUUUUUACUCGUGAGCUGGCCAAGAGGCUCCAAGGCACUGGCGUCACCACCUACGCAGUACACCCAGGCGCUGUCCACUCUGAACUGACCCGGAACUCCUUCCUGAUGUGCAUGAUCUGGUGGCUCUUCUCCCCCUUCAUCAAGUCGGCAUGGGAGGGGGCGCAGACCACCCUGUACUGCACCCUGGCUGAGGGCCUGGAGCCCCUGAGUGGCAACUACUUCAGAGACUGCAAGAGGGCCUGGAUGUCUCCAAAGGCCCGAAAUAACAAAACGGCUGAGCGUCUAUGGAAUGUCAGCUGUGAGCUUCUAGGAAUCCAGUGGAAAUAGAGCUGAUAGAAGAGUCAUAUAUUUAUCAGGUACAAUCCACACCAUAAUGAAAGGGGACCAAGGAGAAGGCUAACCUUGAAGGAUUGUCCUGCCGGCUGGCUGCUGUUGUGAAUCCUGCUCUGCUCCAAUUCUCCUGACCCUUCUGGAAAUCUUUAUAUACCCAACCCUCUUUGUGAGGCUGGUUCAUGGCAUGAGAUAGUCACACCAACAGAACAGUCUUCUCUGAGACUUGCAGAUUCAGCUACCCUCUCAGGGCAAGAGGAGUAGGCAAAUGCCAGCAUGGGCAUGAAGAUGGCCAAAGAGCCUGGAAAAUUAGGUCAAUUUCCUCACCAGUACCAGAAACAUCAGCCAGCAUUCUCAGCUGAGGCGACAAGAGCAUCAGCAUUACCUAUUCUAGGGACUAUAGACUCAAACUCUUGAUCGAUCGCUUUCCUCUUUGAAAUACGAGUCACAACUCUGGAAUCUAGACCAGCUCAGGAACAUCUUGGCUUAACCUUCACCAACUUUGAUUCUUUUCCCUGAGCACCCUGGAGCCAUUGCAUGAAGCUGGACUUUCUCAUUUUCUGUUUUCAGUUCUUUUUUAAAAAUUAAAAGAAAUUGUUUUUUAGCUUUACUGAGAUAUAGUUGACAUACAACAAUGUAUAAGUUUAGACCUUCCCAUUUUCAAUCAUGUAGAUGGCUUUUGUCCUCGAGUUCCCUUCACUUCAAUUUUUAGAGGAAAUAAAGACUGCAUUUACAUCUCA